UGGUGGAGAAGCCGCAGCAGGCGGUGUGAUGAUACAAUACAUGAUUAGGUUUCUGAAGGUAAUCGCUGGAACAAGCAGCUCAUCAGGAACUGCAAACAUCCACAUCAUGUCUUCUUUCUUGUCCAAUCACAAGCGCACACCGCAUCCAGAUUCCACUUCCUGUACCUCAUAUCGACAUUCCACCCUCGCAGAUCCGAAAGCUUCCUCAAGGGCCAACUUUUGAUGUCCACUAAGAUCAAUGGAGCAGUCGAUUCCUGCCACCUCCUCAUCGCACUCACUGUGGAGUUCCGCAUGCAGCAUCAUCGCAUAAGAAGUACAACGAGUCAUGGCUGCAGAUAUGUGACAAAAUGGACUGCAUUGUCUUCCCCACCCUUCUUUCUCUCUUCUUCCUUUCUCCUGUUCACCCCUUCCGUCAGAAUGGCACCAUCAGAAUCGACCGAUCCGCACUUCUAGAGUUCAAGAAAGGCAUAGUUGUCGAUCCAGAGAACGCUCUUGGCAGCUGGAGCGAGAAGACUAAUGUUUGCGGGUGGAGUGGCGUGGUUUGUGGCAUGAAUCCUGCACGAGUUGUCAAUAUUGAUCUCAAAGGCAAAUCUUUGGCAGGAGCAGUCUCACCAUUCCUGUCCAAUCUUUCUCGCCUUACCUUGCUUGAACUGUCGGAGAACUCGCUCCAAGGAUCCAUUCCUGCUGAGCUUGGAUCUUUAUCUAAUCUUCAGCUGCUCGGUUUAAGAGGCAACAGCAUACGAGGCACCGUCCCUGAGAGCUUCGGCAUGCUUGCGAAGCUUCGCUAUGUCGACCUCGGCAGCAACCAGCUACAUGGCGACCUCCCUGUUGCUCUCCUAUAUAAUUGCUCACGGUUGAGCUACGUCGACCUUUCCACUAAUCUGUUCACUGGUUUCAUCCCUCCACAGCUGGGAAACCACCUUCCUUGUCUGCAGAACCUCCUGCUCUACUCAAACCAGCUCAUGGGUGGCAUCCCUCGCUCUCUAUCUAACUCCACAGCUCUGGCGGAGAUCGAUGUCGAGAACAAUUCCUUGGGUGGCAUAUUACCCUCGGAGACUUUGGUGAAGCUGUCUUCUCUGAAGAUACUUCACCUCUCCUACAACAAUUUCUCCGGUGACGGUCAGAAUUCCAAUCUCCUUCCCUUCUUCAAUGCCAUUGCGAAUCUGACUCAUCUGGAGGAGCUUGAGCUGGCGGGGAACAACCUGGGAGGUGAAUUGCCUUCAACUAUUGGCCAUCUGAGUGCUAAUCUCUCGGAGAUCGAUCUCCGAGACAAUCUCAUUCAGGGGAUUAUCCCAUCAGAGAUAUCUAACCUUUCCGAAUUGACUUGGCUGGAUCUGUCGAUCAAUCUCUUGCAUGGAAACAUUCCCUUGGAAUUGUUUCUUCUGCCCAAUCUACAAAGGCUUUGGUUGUCUGGCAACUCCCUCUCCGGAGAGAUCCCAACUCCUCCUAAUGAUCCAAGUCAGAUAGGGCUGUUAGACUUAUCGGGAAACAAGCUUUCAGGCUCCAUUCCAACAGCCUUAGCAGAUCUAACUCAACUGAGGAGACUCAUUCUUAGUGAAAACUUGCUGUCGGGAUCGAUACCUUCCAGCCUGGGAAGCACGAAACUGGAGCUCUUAGACCUGUCCUAUAACAGACUCACAGGGACUAUACCAGCUGACGUUGCAGGCUUGAGCUCCAUGGCCAUAUAUUUCAAUCUGUCACAUAACCUAUUACAGGGGGAGCUUCCCACGGAGCUGAGCAAAAUGGACAAGGUUAGGGAAAUCGAUCUGUCGUCGAACGAACUCAGUGGCUUCAUUCCUCCAAGCCUGGGAAGCUGCGAAGUAGUCGAGCUGGUGAAUCUUUCUCGCAAUCAUCUCCAAGGACCAAUCCCGGACUCAAUGGGCAGCCUACUGAACAUACAGUCGCUGGACCUGUCCUUUAAUGGCCUCUCAGGGGAGAUUCCAGCUUCUCUUCAGCACUGCAGCAGCCUCAGGCUACUCGACAUCUCCUUCAACAACUUCACUGGGCCGCUGCCGCAAGCCGGCGUCUUCAACUCCUUGGCACCGCAAUGGAUCGAAGGGAAUCAUUUGUGCGGUUCGCUGCCUGGAAUUCCCAGCUGCCAUCGCAAGAACAGACGCUCGAUCCAUUCGCACAAGGCCCUCGUAUUGCUCGUCAGCAUCGUGGCUGUAUCAGCUUUCCUGGUAACAGUCAUGUGUGCCACAGGUUACAUGGUCGUCAGAAAACUGAUGAGCAGAAGAGAGGACGGGGAUUCAGCAGGGAAUCUUUCUCUGAACCUUUCAUCAAAUUUCCCAAGAAUAACUUACAAAGAUCUCGCUGAGGCCACCGCGGGGUUCGAGACAAGCCGAUUGAUAGGCUCGGGUAGCUUCGGACAUGUCUACAAAGGAGUGCUCGGUGAUGGUAGCUUAGUUGCAAUCAAAGUUCUGCAGCUGCAAACUGGGAACUCCACCAGAAGCUUCAAGAGGGAAUGCCAGGUCCUCAAGAACAUUAGGCACAGGAACCUGAUGAGGAUCAUAACAGCUUGUAGUCUUCCAGAUUUCAAAGCCCUGGUGCUUCCCUUCAUGGCCAAUGGCAGCCUGGAGAGCCAUCUCUACCCGGAAACAGAGAAACCAGACUCCCCGCAGCUGAGCUUACUGGAGCGUGUGAACAUCUGCAGCGACAUUGCUGAGGGCUUAGCUUAUCUGCACCACCAUUCACCGGUAAAGGUCAUCCACUGUGAUCUGAAGCCCAGCAACAUCCUCCUCAACGACGACAUGACCGCCCUGGUAUCCGAUUUCGGCAUUGCGAGGCUGGUCAUGACAGUGGGAGAAGGAAACACGGCAUACGCAUCGACGUCCAACUCGACGGCCAAUAUUCUCUGUGGAUCGAUCGGAUAUGUCGCUCCAGAGUACGGAUACGGCGGGAGCACGUCAACGAAGGGAGAUGUCUACAGCUUCGGGAUCCUGGUGCUGGAGACGGUCACCGGGAAGAGGCCUACCGACGGCAUGUUCGGCAGCGAGGACGGUCUGAGCUUGCAGCGGUGGGUAAAGAGGCAUUACCGCAGUCGACCGGAGGACGUCAUCGACUCGGGUCUGAUGAGGGAGGCGUGCGACCAGAGGCUGGAGGUGAGGAACGUGUGGGAGGUGGCGAUCAUGGAGCUGCUGGAACUGGGCCUCGUCUGCUCCCACGAGAGCCCCGCCGGGCGGCCGACCAUGCUCGACGCCGCCGACGACUUAGACAGGCUGAAACGGUACCUUGGAGGCGACACGACCGUGACGUUCACGUCGUCCCGUGGGAUAAUAGCGUCGUCCAGCAUCGAGAUGUCCUCCUCCAGCAUCACAGCGGAUGACUGGUAGCAUCUCAGUGCUGCUACUGCUGCUCUGCAUCUUCUUCUACUUUGUCCUUCUGGGCAUUUCAAGUAGAACAAGAAAGCAACCAAACGUGGAGAAGCUUAUAGCUUUGCUUGUCAAUUGAGCUUUAUCAAUUAAAACUGAGAGAAAAUUGCAUCGUUUCUUA